UACAUCAGUUGUAUGCUCAUCGCUGUCACGUCCGUGUCAUCGAGUCAUCGCAACCUCUGACAGUUCCAGGUAGCACUUUCGCAAUGAAGAGUUUCUUCAUAAUUUUUACAGUUAUCAUAGGUUUAUAUGCGGUUAUAGCAUCCGAUGAUUGGUCGUAUUGGGGUGAACAUGGUCCGACACAUUGGCCUGGUUUAUGUAUACAGGGGAAAAAACAAUCACCAAUAGCCAUUGUUCCUGAAGAUACCAUUAAAACUGAUCUUGGGGCACUGAAGUUCAUAAGAUAUGAUUUUGCAUUUUCCGGUAAAAUCACGAACAAUGGUCAUUCUGUACAAAUUCAAUUGUCUGGUGUACCGAUCUCUAUUGAAGGAGCAAAUCUUCCAUCCACGUAUACUCUAGAGCAAAUACAUUUUCACUGGCCUGCCGAGCAUAUCGUGGAUGGUAAUCGCGAUGACUUAGAGGUACAUUUUGUUCAUUAUAAUAACAAAUAUGGUAACGUUACUACGGCGUCACAGCAUGAAAAUGGUAUUGCCGUUGUUGCAAGUUUAUUCAAGGUGAACAAUGAGGAGAAUUUAGAGUUAGUGCCAAUUCUGAAAGCAACGGAGUUAAUAUCCAAUAAUAUUGGAGUCAUGGAGAGCACGGUAGCAAUGGAAUCCAUGAUUAUUCCGUACCUUUUUUUGCCAAAGGAUCACACAACGUAUUAUUAUUAUGAUGGCUCUUUAACUACCCCCGGAUGUCAAGAAUCUGUGAUGUGGUUUAUCCUUGCUGAAAAACUUUCGUUAUCGAAACAACAGCUAAACAUAUUCAAAACUGUUAAAUCAAGCAACGGUACCUUGAGCUUCAAUUACAGGCCGACUCAGGAUCUUGGAGAAAGGAAAGUUUAUCAUCAUUUGCUUGGGUAUUCUGUCGCAACUUCCUACACGAGCAAUUUACUUUUCGUGUGCUUUAGUUUUCUGUUAAGUAAAAUCUUAUGUACAAAGUAAUUAAUUUUAUAUGUAAAUUAUGUAAUUUAGUAGAAUACGAUCAGUGUGUCCUUUAUAUUUUUGCAUCAG